AUGAAACGACUUGUAACUUCGCUCAUGUUUUUCACAAGCUUGGGAUGCAAAGCCGAUAGUUGGCAUGGUCCGGGCAUGGUCUAUGGAUUUGAAAAUGUGAGUUUUGGACAUUGCCGGACCAUGAUUAAACCAUCAGCCAACCUCACGUGGACAUCAUGUUUCGAUGAUUUUACAUGCGCUAGACUGGAAGUUCCUUUGGAUUAUUCAAACAGAAGUCUUGGCACGACGUCAAUCGCCUUCAUAAAACUGGCUGGCAAGAAUGCCACCGUCGAGUCUCCAAGCAUUGUACUCGUCCCCGGCGGUCCGGGUGGUUCUGGCGUCGAGCUCCUCCUCACGUACCGGACCAUCGCAGGGCCAAUCCUGGGAGAGCAGUACAACUUCGUCUCCUUUGAUCCUCGCGGUGUAAACAACAGCGGUUUGAGCCUCGACUGCUUCUCGGGGAACGCAGAAGCAAGAUUGGCCUUCAAUCGGUUGCACAGGACAGGCGCUACUAACGUCUCAUCAACGUCGCUUGAGGAACAAUAUUAUUCAAGCUCUAUCUACGGAGAAUGGUGCAACAAUGCUGUCGAGAACGAGUCAUCUUAUGGCUAUUAUGUGACUACACCGGCGGUCGCCCAUGAUUUGCUCACAUUUAUAGAAGCCGAGGCCGAGUUGGCCGGUCGAUCACCACCAGACGCCAGAUUGUGGUGUUAUGGUGGCAGUUAUGGCACUGUCAUCGGCACCACUUUCGCUUCCAUGUUUCCCGACCGAGUGGGGAGAAUGAUACUCGAUGGCGUUUUGAACGCAGAGCAGUAUUAUGAUAAUGACUGGAGGGACAUGGUUGAUCAAAUGGACGAGGCCAUCGAAAAAUUCUCGAGUUUCUGCCACUCCGCAGGUCCUGAAACGUGUUCCUUCUGGGGACCUACUCCAGCUGACAUCAUGGCCAGAAUGGACGGCAUCAUCCAUCAGCUUCAGAACCAUCCGGUCCCGGUAAGCGGAGUCCACGGUCGAGACCUGCCGACACAGGUCACCUAUUCAGACCUGAAGGCCCUUUUUAUCAACACUAUAUACGUCCCACUAGCGUCCUUCCCAGUCAUGGCCGACAUCCUACACCAGCUCGAACGUGGGAACGUGUCUGCUCUCGUGGGCAUGUUUGACGGGUUAGAUAUAAAUUCCGACGCCCGUCUCAUCGUCCAGUGCGCCGAUUCGUAUCGCAGAAACAAGCUUACUACCAUUGAAGAAUUCAAGAGUUACGUCGAGUACACGGUUUCUAAGAGCAAAUAUAUCGGUGAUAUCUACCCCAUCUUCUCUCUUUAUUAUACAGACCAAAUAAGUGGACUAGGAAGACCUACGUCCUUCCCGAUCCUGUUUACAAGUAACACUAUCGACCCUAUAACGCCAUUGAGUUCGGCGCGCAAGAUGUCUUCUCGAUUUCCCGGAUCGGUACUUUUAUUGCAAGAAGCCGUUGGUCAUACAGUCAUCAACCAGGGGGGUUCAGACUGUUACUUUGGACAUGUGCAGGCAUACCUUCAAGGCAUAGUUCCACCGUCCAACAUUACAUGCCCGCAGCAGUACAUACCUUUCAUAGACAGCCCUAUUAAUUGA